AUGUUGCCUUUAUCAAACAAUGCUUUGUUUUUGAAUUAUGAAAGAAAUCCAUUCAUGAGUUUCUUUCAGAAAGGAUUGAAUAUUAGUCUUAGUACUGAUGAUUCAUUACAAUUUCAUUACAUUCAUUUGGAAACUAAUAUGCGUGAAUUGGCGCGUAACUCGGUAUUGCAAAGUGGAUUUGAAAUGACAUUAAAGAAGCAUUGGCUUGGAUCAAAUUGGUUCUUGCCAGAAAUUAAUAUGCUGGCAAAAUAUUCACGUUUAAAAUCAAAGGAUUCGUUUGAUUGUAACACCAUAAAGAUGCCUUUAUCAAACUAUAAUGAAUAUUUAUCCUCAUCUUUGUCAGCGUCAUCAUUAAAAAUAGCAUCAUCAACAUCGCAACAAUCAAUACUUGAGAGAAGUGCAACUAUAGAUGUUUUUGAUUCUGCUUGGAAUGAGAUUAGAAGUGGCAGUGGUAGUGAUUAUCAUCACCAAAUUGUUACAACUUUUGAUAAAACUGGUAUUGACACUGGAAAUAGUAGCGGAUAA